CUAAUACUUGUCAACCACAAAGCAUCACUGCUGUUAGAAUAACAGAAUCACUGUCAUCAUCUGUCCUCACCACUGUGUUUUCCUCUCUGCUGUUUACAGCUGAACUCUCAGUCAGACUGGUGAAUGGGACCACUUCCUGUUCUGGGACAAUGGAAGUCUUCUACAUUAGAGAGUGGUCACGUCUAUGUUUUGGGUGGCUGGGCAUGAUGAGAAAGACUAAGGUUUUGUGUAGAGAGCUGAACUGUGGGAAUGUUGUAGGUGAAUCUAGAGGACGUCUGGUUGAAGAUGGAAGAAGAGGAGUCUCCCUAUCUAGAAGAUGUAGUGGAGAUGAGUCUGCUAUUAGACAGUGUGACAACAUAGCAGGACCUGGUGGAUGUCAUGGUGGAUAUUAUCAUCAUGUGAUCUGUUCAGAGUCUGUGCGGCUUGUGGAUGGAGCUGGUCUCUGCUCUGGGAGAGUGGAGGUGAAGUCCAAUCAGUCCUGGGCCUCAGUGUGUGAAGCUGACUUUGACCGGCAGGAUGCAGAGGUAGUCUGUAGGGAUGUUGGCUGUGGGGCUCCUGCAGCUCUACAGGGGGGGCUCUAUGGAGAAGGUGAGGGUCAGACCUGGGAUAAAGAGUUCCAAUGUAAAGGCAAUGAGUCCCUUCUCCUGGACUGUGACACCUCAGACAGAGAGAACAACACCUGCCUACCUGGUAAUGCUGUUGGACUCACCUGCUCAGAGCCUGAUGAUGUGAGGCUGGUGGGAGGAGGCAGUCGCUGUGCUGGUGGAGUGGAGUGGUACGACCAGGGAGAGUGGAGGACUGUGGGAGCUGAUGACAGGGACCAGGAGGAUGUAGCUGCUGUAGUGUGUCGACAGCUGGGUUGUGGCUCCAAUGUUUCAGAACCACCUGGAAACACCACUGGAGGGAUUAGAGUUUCUUGUUCUGGGUCUGAGUCUUCACUGAGGGAGUGUAGAAGAACGUAUGAUCUCCGUCCUGGACUCACAGUGAUCUGCUCAGAUCUCCUGGUCCAGCCUGAUAUCUUCCUGACUGACCCAAUGGGAGGGGUCUUCAGGGGCCACCAGGGGCCUGAGAUGUUCAGGGGCUACAACUUCACCAUCACCUGCUCCACUCAGCCACAGUACCCAGGAGGCUCCUUCCUCCUCACGUUCACCGGCUCCAACAGAACCCAGCCAGCUGUCAAUCACUCUGCUGCCUUCCUCUUCCCUGCUGCAGAUGACUCCCACCAAGGGAACUACAGCUGUGUUUAUGACAAUUAUGUUUUCUCUCAUAACUUCUCCUCUGAGAGUGAGCUCCUCUUCCUCAUCAUC